GGAGGCAGUAGUGAACUUGCUGGUGGAGAGCUUGACGGAGCUACUGUACAAGAACUUCCAGCUAAUCUCCGACAUAAAAGACGACGUCAAAAAACUCCUCCGCUACGUCAACGACUUCAAGGCAUUCCUGAAAGAAUACCGGAAAAUCCGGACCAAAAACGACAUCGUGAAGCAGCUGAUGAAGGACAUCAUGGACGUCGUGUACUGGUCAGAAAAUCUCAUCGACUAAUACGUGGUGGACGCCAAGGUCAACGUUCUGCUCGAUAUCCCUACCAAGAGGGACAUUGCGACAAAGAUCAAAGAUAUUAUCGAGGAAAUCAAGGUAAUUCAGGAGAAGACGGAGUAUCAGAAAGUGAUUGAAAAUAUAGUCUUACCCCGAGACCAUACCUACUCCGUGCCGCAGAAGGUACCCAGAGUGGAGGAAGAUUAUGUAGUGGGAUCUAAUGAAGAGGCAAAAAGGAUUAUCAAUCACCUUAGGGAAGGGCCAAAUUAUGGGGUGAUUUCAGUGUUUGGAAUGCCGGGUUUGGGCAAAACCACACUGGCCAACAAGGUAUUCAAAUCUGAAGAAAUUGAAUAUCAUUUCAUGUAUCGUGUCUGGAUUUAUGUUUCUCAGUCCUAUAAGAAAAGGGAUGUUUAUCUACAAAUUCUGAAGAAACUACAACAGCCCUAUGAUUAUGAUACCAAUGUGAAUGAAGAAGAAUUAGCUAACAAGACUAAACAAGUUCUGGGGCCUCUCAAGUAUUUCUUUGUACUAGAUGAUGUUUGGUGUGAAGAUGCAUUCAAUGAUAUCCAGGAUUCUUUUCCAAAGAGCAAAGGUAGCAGAGUCUUAGUCACGAUUUGGGAGGAGAAAGUGGCGACGAUUGUGAAUUCCCUAGGAGAGCCUCACCGGUUGAAGUUUCUAGAGCAUAAAGAAAGCUGGGAGCUACUUGAGAAGAAGGUUUUUCGUGAGGAAAGAUGCCCCGAUGACUUGAAAGAGUAUGGUGAAGAGAUAGCGAGAAAAUGCGAUGGACUACCACUGGUAGUAGUGAUAAUUGCUGGUAUUCUGUUAGGCAAAUCAAAAACUCGGUUUGAAUGGCGCAAUGUGGCUAAUAGUCUCAUCGAUUUCCUUAGAUGA